UAGGCAUGGACCGCACCGCCGCCGGCGGUUGCGGAGCGGCGGGGGGCGGCGGUCUAGGCGUUGGUGUGGUCACCAGCUCAGCCACUGCCCUCGGUCCCGGCGGUAUAGCCAAUGGGGGCGGUGGCGUGGUCAGUGGAGGAGCCCUCAAUGGCCUGGAGGCCAUGUCGGCGGAGUCCACGGGCCUCUGUCUGCAGGAUUUGGUCAGUGCCGGAACGGCCAAUGGAGCCGGCUCCGCUGGAUCGGCGGAAAGUGCCACCACCACAAGCACGGCUCUGAGCAGCGGCAGCACUGGCAGUUCCACGGUCAACGGAGGAGGAAGCAGCACCUCCGGCACGGAGCAUCUGCAUAGCCAUCACAGCCUGCACGAUUCCAGCUCCUCGGUCAGCAUCUCACCCGCCAUAUCCAGCCUGAUGCCCAUCAGCAGCCUGAGCCACCUGCAUCACUCGGCCGCCGCCGGGCAGGACCUGGUGGGUGUGGGUGUCGGAGGCUACUCGCAGCAUCCGCACCACGCUGUGGUGCCGCCACACACGCCCAAGCACGAGCCGCUCGAGAAACUCAGAAUUUGGGCCGAAACUGGCGAUUUCCGUGAUAGUCAUAGCUCCAUGACCGCCGUAGCAAAUAGUUUGGACAGCACCCACUUGAACAACUUUCAGACGUCAUCGACAUCCACACUGUCGAACAGGAGUCGAGAUCGCAAAGAUGGUAAUCGCAGUGUGAAUGAGACCACGAUCAAGACAGAGAACAUAUCAAGUUCGGGACAUGACGAACCGAUGACCACCAGCGGCGAGGAGCCCAAGAACGACAAGAAGAACAAAAGGCAGAGGCGCCAGAGGACGCACUUCACCUCGCAGCAGCUGCAGGAGCUGGAGCACACCUUCAGCCGGAACAGGUAUCCGGAUAUGUCCACCCGCGAGGAGAUCGCCAUGUGGACAAACCUCACAGAGGCUCGAGUCAGGGUAUGGUUUAAGAAUCGACGUGCCAAGUGGCGCAAGAGGGAACGCAAUGCGAUGAAUGCGGCUGUGGCAGCGGCGGACUUCAAGUCAGGAUUUGGGACGCAAUUUAUGCAGCCCUUCGCCGAUGAUUCGCUGUACAGCUCGUAUCCGUACAACAACUGGACCAAGGUGCCAUCGCCGCUGGGCACCAAACCCUUCCCGUGGCCAGUGAAUCCUUUGGGAUCGAUGGUGGCCAGCAAUCAUCACCAGAACUCGGUGAAUUGCUUCAAUACGGGUGCCAGCGGGGUGGCGGUGAGCAUGAAUAACGCCGCAUCGAUGCUACCGGGCUCGAUGGGCUCCUCGCUGAGCUCCUCGCUGGGCAAUGGCUCCAAUGUGGGAGCAGUGGGUGCCCCCUGUCCGUACACGAGCCCCGCCAAUCCGUACAUGUAUCGUGCCGCCGCCGAGCCGUGCAUGUCCUCCAGCAUGUCCUCGAGCAUUGCCACGCUGCGGCUGAAGGCCAAGCAGCAUGCCUCCGCCGGCUUCGGCAGCCCCUACUCCGCUCCAUCGCCCGUGUCCAGAUCCAACUCCGCCGGCCUCUCCGCCUGCCAGUACACGGGCGUGGGCGUGGCGGACGUGGUCUGAGACAACGCCCUGGGUGCGCUGCUCAACCAGCACCAGCACCACUUGCAGCACUUCUCGGGCGGAUCGGUGUCGCAUCACCAGCAGCAGCAUGGCGGUGGUGGUGGCAACAUGGGUCACCUCCAGCACUCCGGCAUGCUGGAUCACUCCGACCUCGGACUGGGGACUGGGACGGGAUUGGUUCCGCCGCCGGAUGAUGGUCACCUGGAGGACGGCAACAAGUCCCCGAUGGAGGCCAAUGGGGGAGCCAACAAUAAUAAUAACAACAACAACGACAAUGACGACGAGGACGUCAUCGAUUGAAAGCACUACUUAAAUCAAACUAAACACUAAAUGAAAGGCAACACCUAGCCCUAAGUAAUAAAUUAAUUUAGAUGUUUGCAAAAGUCAGGGAUGACCACGCAGUGAUCGAGAGGGUCGUCUGAAGGUCUGACAGGACGAUAUGCCAUAGAACACUGUGUGAGCUGCUCUGGCUUAAAAUAAGACGAUAAAUUAAAUAACAAGAAAUCCCUUUCCAAAGUGAACAUUUUUUGAAGAACAAUAAUUAAAUUUAUCAAGCGCAGAAGUAACCACCGCUAAUUGGAACUUCUAUUUUAUUUGUGUUGAGAUUAAAAGCUAAUUACGUUCGCAGCCCCAAGUCAGACAUUAAGUGUUUUUGUACAUAAAAGCAAAUAUCUAGUUAUACAGAAAAUAAAUUAAAUGAAGCGGAACCCCCUUAACUAAUCAAGCCAAAAAUAAACCAAAAAAUCCCAUUUCCCUGCUCGAUUUCAAUCAAAUGGAGUGGAAGGGGGUUAAAGUUUAACAUUUUCAGAUUAAAAUUAAUUAGUUCAUUUUAUAAAAAUACCAACUCCAAGUCAUUUGAUUGAAAUGGGAAAGCGAAAACCAGGCAGGAUAAUAGCCAGUCCCAAAGAACAUAUAAUCAACUGUCAGUCCUAGUUCCAAACUUCAGUUCCCCAUCGUAUAUCGUAUGAAUAUAAAACCAGAAACGUAUCAAGAUUGUAAAACUAAAGCUAAAGCUACCACUAAAGAGGAAACUAAAACUAUAUCAAAGCCGUAGCAGUUUUUAAGGAGUUGUCUAGUCGUAUAGAAAUCCGCCGGAUAUGGCAUUUGGCAUAUACUUGUCUGUCUGUAUAUGUACGUGUAUAUCCCCACUAAAGAGCCCCCGUAUAAAUAUAAACUAUUUAA